CUUCACUCAUCACUCAUCACUCAUCACUCGUAAGUCAUAAAGUGAUAACUAACGAUAAUGCAGAUCCACGAAUUCACUGAGUUAAUCCCUGGUUUACCGAGUGAACUCGGCCUUGACUGUCUCACUCGCUUGCCACACUCGGCACACCCAGUCGCCCUCCGAGUCUGCCGCCAGUGGCGCCUCCUCCUCCACAGCGACUCUUUCUACAACCAUCGAAAGAAAACCGGCCACGCGCGCACCCUUGCGUGCCUCGUCCAAGCGCGUGAGAACCACAGCCACGACGAUGAAUCCGAAGAGGGGAAGAAACCAGCCGUUUCGGGAUCACCAAGCUACGACAUCACCAUCUUCGACCCGGAGAGUAUGUCGUGGGAUCGGGUCGAUCCGGUACCCGAAUAUCCGUUCGGGUUGCCACUGUUCUGCCAGCUGGCAAGCUGCGAGGGGAGGCUGGUUCUCAUGGGCGGAUGGGACCCGCAGAGCUAUGAGCCCAUCACCGCGGUUUUCGUCUAUGAUUUCCGUACCGGACGGUGGCGGCGCGGGAAAGACAUGCCGGAGAAGAGAUCGUUCUUCGCAAUCGGUUCGGCAACGGGUAGGGUUUACAUCGCAGGCGGGCACGACGAGAACAAGAACGCGAUGAAGUCCGCUUGGGCUUACGACCCGAAGGGAGACGAAUGGUUCGGGUUGGACCCUAUGACCCGUGCUCGAGACGAGUGCGAGGGUGUGGUUGUCGGCGACGAGUUCUGGGUGGUUAGCGGCUACGACACGGAGAGCCAGGGAAUGUUCGAAGGUUCCGCUGAGGUGCUGGAAAUCGAGUCGGGCAUGUGGAAGCGGGUCGAGGGAGUUUGGGAAACAGGUCGGUGCCCUAGGUCAUGUGCUGGAAUUGCGAAAGAUCGCAAAGCUGUGAGUUGGAUAGGGUCGGGUCCGGGGCUCCAGGUCGGUGUGCGAGGGGUUGUGGUAGGGCCGAAGACGCUGGUGACUGGAUCCGAAUACGAAGGUGCGGAGCACGGGUUCUAUUUGGGUGAAAUGGGGGAAGGGCAGAACCGUAAAUUGAGGAGGAUUAGUGUGCCUGACGAGUUUUCUGGUUUUGUUCAAUCAGGGUGUAGUGUUGUAAUCUAGUGUGAACUUUUUAAGACGUUUGUUCACUGUAUCUAAAAUCUAAAUACAAAUUUUUUGUUUUGUUUUCUACUUAUUUUGUUGUUUUGUGCAAUUGUGCUGAAAGGCUGCCAGAUAUAGGCGUAUCUUGUUUUCAUUCAGUUUUAUUAUAA